GCGCAUGAUUUGCUUGCGAGUGUGAAAGCAGUCUCGUUUCGCGGCUAUAUCAGUCACCGAGAACACUUGGCAUCCGACACCUCUUCCCCAACCUGCUUCUUCUGCUUCUUCAACCUUCUUCCACAAUCUUCCUCCACAACCGUCUUCUCCCCUUCACCAACCACUUACUUCAUUCACAACUCUCUUCCGUUCGUCCACAACAUCGUCGUCCAGGGCUCAGCUACAGCCGCAACAAAACAUGAAGCGAGAGAGGUCGAGCAGUUCGCUUGGCGACUGUGCCACUCAGCUUGAUGACACCAAGACUCCAGAGAACGACGCCCUCGAGAACAUUCGGCCCACGAAGGCUGCUUACUGUCCUCGCUUUGGGAGGGCCGAAAGAGCUGUGGGAGACGCCGUGACCGGCUUCGUUACCAAGUACGAGCAGCGCAAGGCUGCAGGAUACCGUAGCAAGGAAAUCGAACGCCUUGCCAGCGAGUUGGCAAAUUACCGUCUCCCAGCUGAGCAGUACCCAAGAAGCCUUCCAAUGUCCCUCUGCGGCGCCAUGGGAGCUGGAAAAUCGUUGACUUUGAGCUGCCUCCUUGACACAAUCGACAUCUCUCCUGACAGUGACAGCCACACACGUGGAACUGUGCUCGUAAGCGAGUUCUCUGAUUCCAAAGCUUGGCAGAACACCAAGUAUCGUGUCAAUGCUGUUUACCUGGCCCCCGCCGAGAUUCGGGCUACUAUCAAGAAGCGUUGCGGAGAAAUAUUCGCGUUCUUGGAAUGUACGGAUGAGUCUGGCAAUCAGGAUGACGCUGAGGUCGAAGACCCGGAAGUUGAGGCCGAGGACUACGAAGCCGCCAUCCAAUACUUGCACAUGUUGGUCUGUGGAGACAGCUGCUUUGAAACGGAAGUUGAUCUGGAGGAUUACUUCCAGAGCCAGUACAAUCAAUGGAAAACGUCGGCAACUCAGCCGCAAAGGGCCAUCUCCAAGGCGGUUGUCGACACCAUGAUGAAGUCAGUCACGAAUAUGAUGGCAACGAAACAGACUGAAGCGCUUCUAGCGUCAACGACCGAACAACUAUCGGCGGCUAGGUCCACCGUAUCCGGAUCAGACACCGCCGGAGGACCCCAGACUUGGCCCGUCAUAUCUAUGAUCGAGGUGCGAUGCAAGACGCCCCUUCUAAUCGAGGGUAUUGCGAUAGCGGACACUCCAGGGAACACGGACACUGAUCGCUGGGUCGUGGAGGGCACGAAUGCCUACAUUGAUCGAGGAGGACCGGUCAUCAUCGUCGCGCCUAUAGAGCGCUGUGGCAAGGACGGAGAGCUCACUCGAAUGGUCAAGAGCCAGAUGUUCCGCAAAGAGCAGAUGUUCCUUGUCUUGACCAAGACUGACAAGGUAACCAACACGCUCACACCUCAGGAUCGGAAAGACAUGGACCCCAAGCUCGCCGCCAAUCUUCAGUCAGCGGAAGAGUCAAUGGCGCAGCUCCAGGAGGAAGUCCAAACACUUGAGGCACAUUGCGAGCGCCUACUGCAGAAUCCGACAGGAGAGGCAUUCAUCGAACAUACCGCCACUAAAGCCCGUCAAGCCUUGGUCUCGAAGUCGAUCAUUCAGGCUAAGAACAGGAUUAGACAAGUUGCAGUCGAGAAUCGCAACAUCACGACGAAAGCAUUCCUCAAGGAAAAGUUCCGGAAGCUCAGCAAUCUUGACGAUGCUCCCGAAGUCGAAGUGGUGUGUGUCUCCGGUAGCGAGUACAAGAAGCACCUUGGGCAUGCGGCCGACGAAGAUCCUCCUUGGCUAAGUAAGGAGGAAACCGGGAUCCCAGAACUUCAGCGCCUCAUUCUUGGUAUCCCGGCGACGGAAAGAUACGAAGCGUUGCACCACAUUGCCACAGACCAUCUUCCCGACUGUCUGCGAAGAAUCGUCAGAACCUUGAUGCCGAAGUCGAGUCCAACUACUGCUGGAGACGAUCUGCGCAGUACUAUACUGCAAUUCUGGGAUGAGUAUCGUAGCAAGGUCAUGAAGCUGUUGCGCGUAGACAUGCGUGACGCCUACGAAGCAGAAUUCGCGCGGUGUUUCAAGAAUCUAUCCAACAGCGGGGCCUGGGAGACACAAGCAAAGACCCUUUUGUCAUCAUGGAGCAAGUACCGGGCCAACACCUUCAAAGCCUUCUGCAAACGAGACGGUCUAUGGAGACCUAAAGGCGAACGUGAUAGUAUCUCUUGGAACGAGGGCAUUGGGUCUUUCCUAGGGCAACAAGUCGGACCUGGCUUCAAUGCCUUGAGCAGACAAAAUUCCAACAACAGACGCGCUGCGAAGUGCAGCGCUGUGACGCUGUUCGAAAGACUAAGCAGUGCAUUGCAGGAGGACGUCUAUACGAAUGUCCCAGAGCAGGACGAUCUUAUCGCGGUCUUUCAGCAUGCAACCAGCGCCAUGCAAAAGCUCACAAACCAGGCGUUCAAUCAAUUCAGCCGGGACUUGAACAAGAUCUACUCCAACGCUGUCAUGCGCGAUACCACAGCGGAGUCAUACAUUUCGAGGGCAAUGCAUACGUCCUACGUGAAUGCUGUACUCGCCAAGGGCGCACUCCAUAACAGAGGGAACGGCAAAAAGCCGAUCCAAGGCAGCGCUCACCGGGCGCGUGUUGGUAUACUGCGAGCCGGUCUGCUCGGAAGCCCAGAAGAUCCCUCCGUCAAGAAGCUCGCCGCUCCAAGCGUAGUGGACGCGGUUGCUCAGCAUGCCCAGGAGGAGUUUACAGAUAAAUUGGACCUUGCUUGUGGCAAACUUUGGCCCGAGCUUGACAAGAUCAUCGAUUCCGUCCUGCAUGACUUCGACAUGCGCUGGUCCGCGAGCUGUGCUUCAGCAGCUGAAGAUGCGCAACACACCGAAGUGAAGAUACGUGCAGAGCGCGAUGCGCACCACGCUGAUAUCCUGAUCCGGGCAGCGCAGCAUGCGAUCGACCAGCUAGAGGGUCCGAUCAAGGGUCAUCUGGACGCUUGCAUGGAGUACGAGAACUCUGCUACACAGAACAAUACCGCCGAGUGA